GUAUACAUGGCAUAUUUUAAUUCGGUAACUUUUCAUGUAAAUUAUGAUAUGAAUAAUUAAAUUAAUGAAUUGUUUUUAAAAAAAUGGCAUUCGUCAGUGCUGUGACCGGCGAUGAUUCUACAAAAAAGUUCAUGGACGUUUUACAAAAUGACUUCAAAACACUCAGCUUGGAGACUAAAAAGAAAUAUCCUCAAAUAAGAGAGGCAUGUGAUGAGGCUAUAGAGAAAUUAGCCCUUGCUUCUAAUAACCCACAAGCAUCAUUGUAUGGAGUUGUGAAUCAAAUUCUAUAUCCCUUAGUACAAGGGUGUGAAUCAAAAGAUAUAAAAAUUAUCAAGUUCUGUCUGGGCACAAUACAGCGUUUAAUAGCACAGCAAGGUAUAGAUGCAAAGGGAGCAAGACAUGUGGUGGACUGCUUGUACAACCUCGGCCAGGCAGGAGUGCUGGAACUCAAGCUGUUGCAGACAGCGGCACUGCUCAUGACAACAUCUGAUCUUGUACACGGAGAUACAUUAGCAAGGACGAUGGUGAUGUGCAUGCGCACGGUGUCUGCUAGCGAAGCGCGUGACGUCAGCACGAGCCAUGCAGCCGCAGCCACCGUGCGACAGCUUGUUGCACUUGUGUUUGAACGGGCACUCGCUGAGGCUGACGGUAAAUUGAAAGUGAAUCCAGCAGAUGUGAGAUUGCAGACAAAUACUAAAGCACCUAAAGAAUUAAAGCCGUGUGCAACUGACGCAUAUCUUAUAUUGCAAGAUAUAAUUCAAUUAAUAAAUGGGGAUGCUGCACAAUGGUUGGUCGGUAUAUCUGAUGUACCAAAGACAUUUGGUCUGGAGCUUCUCGAUACUGUACUGACUGACUUCUCUGAAGUAUUCUUUAAAAUUCAAGAAUUCAGAUUUUUACUCAAAGAGCAUGUUUGUGCUCUUAUUAUAAGGCUAUUUUCACCAAAUGUUAAAUACAGAGCUGCAUUUACUGCGCUGCACAUACCUGGUGCGGGCGCAGGUGCGGGUGCGGCCGGUGCUGGCAGCCCGGCACCAGAGAGGCCACACUUCCCUGUCACCAUGCGUCUGCUGCGUCUCGUCUCCAUCAUCGUACACAAGUACCAUCAAGUGCUGGUGACAGAGUGCGAAAUCUUCCUAUCAUUGACCAUCAAGUUCCUGGACCCGGACAAACCGUUGUGGCAGCGCGCUCUGGCACUAGAGGUGCUGCACAAGAUGACCAUACAACCACAUUUAUUAAAGGCGUUCUGUGAGUGUUACGACAUGAAGCCGCACGCCACCAACAUAUUCCAGGACAUUGUGAACGCGCUGGGAGCAUACGUACAGAGCCUCUUUGUUGCCAACCAGAUCAACCAGCAGCUCGCAUCUUCAGGUCUUCCGCAACAGGCUGGCUUUUACUGGAAAGGUGUUUGGCUGCCGCUCUGUGUGACUUUUGAACCUGGAACCGCUAAAUCUGUGUACAUUGAGAUGUUAGACCGUACGGAAGCGCCGACAAUACAAGAGGGCUACGGUAUCUCUGUGGCCUACGCUUGCCUCAUGGAGAUUAUACGUUCUAUUGCUAUCAGUGUGGAAGGUGAUGAAUAUUUUAGGUUGCAAGAAUUAUACGAAGACAUUCAAAAUGAUAGUGAAGAAAUAAUUACUAACAAAAAUGGCAACAACAAUAAAGAAUUAGAAAGCACUACGGAAAGUACUGAGAUAUCAAACAACGGUCACAGAGGAGAACCAGAUCAGAACUCCAAUGUGGUGCAGAAGAUUAACCCUGAAAUGGAAGAGAAGGAGAAACUUGUUAUGUUACAGCUUAUAAAGUCUUCGUGGUGUGGUCUCGUGUGGGGUCUGUCGGUGCUCGCGGAGGCCAGCAUUGGUGAGCUGGAGAACAUCCUCUGCGCUAUACAGACUCUGGCCAGGGUCAGCGGGAAGGUGGGCGUGUCUGGUUCACGUGACGCAUGCGUGGCGGCGCUGUGCCGUGCGGCGCUGCCGGCGCAGUACUGCGUGCCGGUGCUGGGCGCGCUGGGGGCGCUGGCGUGCCCCUGGGCGCCCGCAGCACGCGCCCCCCACCCCCCCGCACCAGACCUCCGCCACCAUGUCGUGUGGGUGGGCACGCCGCUGCCCUGCGCACAGCUACCCACUGGACAGCAGCAGUCGUUUGUGAUGGUGACAUCCCGCCAUGUGACCGCGAUGAAGGCGUUGCUGAAUGCGGCGCGGAGAGACGGCGACACCAUACAGCAGGCCUGGCUGCCUGUACUCACCACGCUGCAGCAUCUGGUGUGGAUCCUGGGCCUGAAGCCUUCCACCGGCGGCAGUAUGAAGGCGAGCCGAGCAAGUGCAGACGCCAACGCGGUCAUGAGCACCUCCGCUGUCAUGGCUGACCUUCCAGGUCAGCAAGUUCCCGUGGCCGAGUCUCUCGGAGUAAUGAGCGCUCUAUCCGCGAUGCUGUCUCGGGUGUUUGAAUCCUCGAAGAACUUAGAUGAUGUUGCACUUCAUCAUCUCAUCGACGCGCUCUGCAAACUGUCCAAUGAAGCUAUGGAGCUUGCUUACUCUAACAGGGAACCAUCAUUAUUUGCUGUGGCGAAACUUCUAGAAACGGGUCUCGCGAAUAUGCACAGGAUUGAAGUAAUGUGGAGGCCAAUCACUAAUCAUCUUUUAGAAGUGUGUCAACAUCCGCACAUACGUAUGCGUGAGUGGGGUGUUGAAGCGAUCACAUACCUCGUGCAGGCUGCCUUCCAGUACCACCACAACAACCCCGCCCUCGUCACUGAAGGUCGUCAGCGACUCCUACUGGAGCCGCUGGCGGAGCUGUGCGGUGUGCGGCACUGUGACGUGCGCGCGCGCCAGCUGGAGUGCGCGGCGCGGCUGCUGCACUCGCGCGGUGACCAGCUCGGCGCCGCCUGGCCUCUCAUGGUCGACAUCAUCUCUGCCGUCUCCGAGCGCCAUAGCGAGCAACUGGUGCGGUCAGCAUUCCAGUGCGCGCAGCUGGUGGCAGGUGACCUACUGGGUUGUGCUGGGCCGCGCUGUCUGCGCCGUGUACUGGCCGCCGCUGCAGCCUUCGCACGACAGACCAAGGAGCUCAAUAUCAGUCUCACUGCUGUUGGACUUAUGUGGAACAUAUCUGACUACUUGUACCACAAUCGAGACAAGCUGUCGGCGGCGUUGGCCAGUGAUCCAGUGUGCCCCGAGCUGCCGCACCACGCUGACUUGCCGCCACUGGACAAGCUCUGGAUGUGUCUAUACAUACGACUCAGUGAGCUGUGCACGGAGGCGCGUGCGCCGGUCCGCCGCGCCGCCAGCCAGACUCUGUUCAGCUGCAUCGGGGCACACGGCACUCUGCUCAGCAAGCCCGCCUGGCGCGCACUCCUCAACGUACUCUUCCCCAUGCUUGAACAGGUUCAGAAGCAGUCCAACAUCGCGAGCUCGGAGAAGGUGGACACGGGGGAGCACAUCCUGAUUCAUCACACGAGGAACACCGCACAGAAGCAAUGGGCCGAGACACAGGUGUUGACCCUGUCGGGUGUGUCCCGCGUGUUCCACUCGCGGUUCCAGCUGCUGACGACUGUGGGCGACUUCCAGCGCUCCUGGGCCGCACUCCUCGACUACAUCACUGACUUCGCUCUGCGGAGGAGUCACGAGGUGUCUCUGGCGGCGCUGAAGUCGUUCCAGGAGGUGGUGUCAGCGGCGGGGCGCGCGGAGAGCGGCGCAGGCGCAGCUGUGUGGCCUGCUGCAUGGGCCGCAUGGAGUGACAUCGCCGCCUCCAUUGGCAACCAACAACCAGUGCUGGAAGAGGGCAAGCCAGCGGAGGCGUACGCGCCAUCACAGAACUUCCUCACAACACUCGUGCAGAUAUUCCCUCUCAUAUUCCAACAUAUACGCACUACUUUCACAGCAAACGAUGUACAGCGGCUGGGUGAGUGUCUGUGCCGCGUGUGUGUCGCCGAGCCUGCCAGCGCAGUCGCCGCCGGCACCGCACUCACACCGUCCGCACCUGUCACACUGCACGCGUUACAUUGCCUCGAAGCAUUGCAUAAGGAGGCGUUGUCACGUCACGAGCUGCUGCCGGCGCUGUUCUCGGCGCUGACGUCACUGGCGGGCGCGUGCGGGGCGCGGGCGGAGCGCGGGGAGCGUGCGGGCGCGCGCUGUCUCGCCGCCGCAGCCGCCCUCUACCGCGCCGCACCGCAACCCAGUGCACCACAACUACCACUACUGCUACAGGCGUUACAUUCCGCGGUACAGAAAGGCGGAUCGGAUAAGAAGAGACGCAACAGUGAUCCGCAAGAGGACGCCACACAAAUUGCUUCACUUUUAUUGCAAGUAUUGGCAACAGGUCUACCACUAGCCCGAGAGAAACCAGACGAGUAUGAAGAGUUUUGGGAGAUUCUGCCAACUGUUCUCGAAACAUUCAUGUUUGAACCACCUGUGGGUGGCGGCAGUCACGCACGCGAGCUGGUGGGAAUCGUGCGCGACGAGGUGCUGCGUGGCACGCCGCGCACGCCAGCACGACACGCGCACCGCGUGCUCGCCUUACUGCGGGCUGCAUCGCUGCACGCUCAGCCGAGACCAGCACAGAAUGAACAAGAACUACGAGAACGUGAAGAGUUUGCGCGCACUUGCUUUGAAACUUUACUGCAAUUCUCAAUGCUGGAGGACAUGGACUCACUCACUGGAGGAGAUGAUGAAGCAGAUCCGCUGGCGAUCAUGCCACUACUGGACAGGUUCCAGGAGGUGGUCUCCAAGUACACCAGCGAUGAAGACAAUACAGAACCUCUACCCAGACAUCAAUUGUCAGAGAUAUCAUUCGUAUUGAAGGCGAUAGCAAGUUUGACGGAGGCAAUGAAGAGAGCGCCGCCGGGGAAAGUUGAUGCAACAGCAUGGGAUAAAUUGAUUGGUGUGUACCCGGCGCUGGUACGUCUGGCUGCGAGCGGGCGGGCUGGGGGUGCGGGGGGUGCAGGGGGCGCGCUGCGGGAGGCGCUGCUGCAGUUCGCGGCGCUGCUGGCCCCGCCCCCACCUGCGCGUGCGCACGCCCCCUAGCGCCGCGUGCUCUACACCAUCCGCAUAUAGAGCACGCAUCUCUAGCGGACACGCUGCUACCCCCCACCACCACCCCUCACA